ACAUUCUCUAUUUACCCACGCGCCUAUUCAAAGAUCCAGCACUAGCUACCAACCAAAACCCUAAAAAAUACACACAAAUCUCCAUUGUAGAGAGAGAGAGAGAUAUUGUGUGUAUUUGUUGAAUAAAGGAGAAGUCUCUCUCUCUCUACUAUUUUAUUGAUCCACAUCAGUUUGUGACUUUGAGAUCGAUCGGAGAUGGCGGCGGCAGUGGAAGCGGCGGCGGCGGCGCAACAACCUGUGUCUGCUCAAGUGGUGGGAAAUGCUUUUGUGCAGCAGUAUUAUCAUAUACUGCACCAUUCACCAGGGCUGGUAUUUAGGUUUUAUCAGGAUAUAAGCAAGCUUGGUCGCCCCGAAGAUGAUGGCUCCAUGAGCAUCACUACCACAAUGCAAGCUAUCAAUGAUAAGAUACUGUCACUUAACUAUGCGGACUUCAGAGCAGAGAUCAAGUCUGUGGAUUCCCAAGAGUCCUUCAAGGGGGGAGUGCACGUCCUUGUUACUGGAUAUUUGACUGGGAAAGACAACUUGAUUCGAAAUUUCUCUCAAACUUUCUUCCUGGCUCCGCAAGACCGAGGGUACUUUGUUUUGAAUGACAUUUUUCGAUAUGUGGAGAUUGUCAAUCAACAAGACACAGUACAGGUUCCAGAAACUGAUGUGGUGUUGGCUCCAGUUACUCCAGAGCAAAUUGUUGCAGAUCCGCCUAAUCCCCUUCCAGCUCAGGAGGAUCACAUUUCUGAGCAGAGCACACCAUCUGCUGAGGAAGCAAAUGGGGGAGAAGUUUACAACCCUCCUGAGAAUGCUAAUGUGCCUGUUGUUGAAGAGGAAGUGCCUGUGCCUGAGGUUGUUGAUGAAGUGCAAGGUGACUCGCAAGUGGUAGCUGAAUCUAACAUCGUAAUUGAACAGGUCCCGAAGAUGUCAUAUGCUUCAAUUGUCAGGCAUCUAAAGGAAAGUGCGGCAACUUUCUCCCCUCCUCCAGCUCCUGCUCCUAGGAAGAUUGUGCCUAAGAGUGUUGAGCAAGUGAGUCAACCUCCUGCAGCAGUACCAGCCGACAGCUCUGUUUUGAGCUCAGACUUUGUUGAUAAUGGGAAUAACCAAGAGGGAGAAGCAGCUGAUGGAUACUCCGUCUACAUCAAAGGUCUACCUAUGAGUGCCACUCCCGCCAUGCUUGAAGAUGAGUUCAAGAAGUUUGGGCCUAUCAAGAAUGGAGGCAUUCAAGUCCGAAGUAACAGACAACAGGGAUUUACUUUUGGCUUUGUGGAAUUUGAGGAGGCAACUGCUGUGCAAAAAGCUAUUGAGGCUUCUCCAAUUUUAAUUGGUGGACGCCAAGCUGCCGUCGAAGAAAAGAAGUCUACCAAUUCUCGAGGUAACACUAGGGGUAGAUAUCCAUCUGGAAGGGGUGGUUCUGGAUUCAGGAAUGACGGAGGACGAGGGCGAGGAAACUAUGGAGGCGGUGGUAGGGGCUAUAAUCGUGGUGGUGAUUUCAAUGGAAGAAGUGAGUUUAACAACAGAGGUGGCAAUCGCGGAGGGUCAUCCAACCGUGGAGGUGAUGGCUAUCAGAGAGCUGACAACAUGGGAGGCAACAACGGGCGAAUGAAUCGUGGUGGUGGGAUGCCAAAUGGAACUGCCAAAAAUAUGACACCACGGAUUUCUGCUACAGCUUGAGAAGUAGUUUCAGGCAAAUAAGUCAGCUAAUUUUGUAAUUUUUUAUCAUUUGAAUUCACAAUGAAAUGGUUGGAUAUCUCAGGUAGGAGGAAGUUUUGUCAUGAGCUGUGAUAUUUUCAUAUGAGCUCUUUCUGCAUAUUUUCCUUUCCCCUAAUUUUUUCCGUUAAUUGGUAUAGGAAUUGAGUUUUAAGUAGCUUUUGUUUUUGUAGCAUAUUGUUAUCUUGUUCCCUAGGAAGAGAUUAAAAUUCCAGUCAAUUUGUUAGCCUCUUUGUAUCUGUUGAAUUAUUUUUUGGGCCUUUUACUUGUGUUAACUACAAAUGAGUUCAGUUUAGACAUUAAUUUCUCGCUUGGCUGUAUCAUCAGCUGGGAGUUUUAAUAUAUCUUCUUUGGGUUGUCUUUGCCUGAUGUA